AAAGACGAUAUAUAACCUUGUAACACAUAGUCAGAGUGUAUUAAGUAACACUUUUAUUAUUCACAAUUUUUGGCAAGGGCUUAUGCAGAAAUAAAUUGCGUAUUUUAUAAUAAUCAGUCCGAUCUUUUAUCAGAACAGACAUACAGGGAUUGUGUUAGUGAUUUAAACAACAGGAUCUGGUACUCAUGCAUACAACCAUGCCUCCAAUAUUCGUCUUAUCCCCUCUCAUUUUGCUGGUUAUACUGUGCGGUGCCACGGCGGAUGACGUCUGUGACAGGAAAGAACAAAGAAUGACUUGCCAAUACAACAUUCCGAAGACAGUUCCUCCUGGGGUUACAGAGGUCUACGUUGAAAAUCACAAAGAUGUUAACCUUAAUAGAAACAGCUUCGGUGAUCAAACUUGGAGAAACAUUCUUAAUCUUCAGAUAUACCAGAAUGAGGCGAAAACGUACUCUAUAAAUGUUUAUGAUAAUGCCUUUCGUGGAUUAGAUAAUUUGAACAUACUUGGAAUACACUCAAGCGGAUUUGGAGCGUUUAAUGUAUUUGGAAGGAAUGCAUUUCGCGGACUUGAAAACAUUACUGAAUUUGACUUUUCAGGAUGUGUCAAUGUUUACAGUGAAGUCAUUAGGUCAUCAAUUAUGCAAGAUGGAAAGUUUACAAAACUCCGUACCUUGAAUUUAAACGAUGUAAGUAACAAUUUAAGAAUUGACCGCAGGUUUAUUGAAUUAUCUCAGCCGUUCGCUGAUAUGCUUGUUAAUAAGCGAAUUGAAAAGCUCCACCUUAGUAAAACUAACAUUGCUCUGUACUCAUUGAUGCAGAAUAAAUCCUCCAAUAUUUUAUAUUUAGAUAUAUCCGGGGCUACAUUUAGUGUGCGGGCGACAUCAGACAUUUCACUGCCUAUAUUGAUUUUCUUUAAGAAUGUAGUUUCACUUAAUGUCACACAGUUAUUUCCACAGGCAUGGAGAGGACAACAUUUAAAAUUGUCUAAUUUUGAUUCAUCUAAAUGCCGGGAUGUCCCUGAUUUGUUUCUAUUGAAUCUUUUCUAUACUGAAGAAUUCUACGCAAAUGAAGUACUUUCAGAUGUAACGGACGGUUGUGAAAUAGUUAAUUCAACGUUUAACUUGACAUGUAGAAUGAAUUUGAGGGUAUUACAUUUGCGAGGUAAUAAUAUACGUCGUAUACAAGCCACUAUUCAUUGGCCGGAUCAAAACUUACUGUAUUACAUUGAUCUUUCGGACAAUAAAAUGCGCUAUUUGUCACCAAAUACUACUAGAGGACUUACAAAUCUUAAAACUCUAUUACUAGGUGGAAACCAAUUAUCUGAAAUGUCCUCUUAUCUGGAAUUAAUUGAUCUGUUUGCAAACUGUUACAAUCUAGAAAAACUUGUGUUGGAUAGAAAUGGAUUUUCAUAUCUACCCGAGUCAACAUUCCUUAACAACAAAUUACUCACUUACCUCAGCCUUAAAGGAAACAUUCUGAGACAAGUUACGUUUGAGACAAAUCAUCUGGAGAGGCUACAAUUUCUAGAUUUAUCGGAUAAUUUGAUUCAUAUGUUGGACGAAUUGUCAAUGAAGCGUCUAAACAAUUUGAUGUUUUCCCAAGCAAACUUCAGGUUUCGCCUUGAAGGAAAGCCAGUCGAAUGUUCAUGCGAAGGUGCAUCUUUCAUUAAAUGGAUACGUAAACAUUCCACAUAUAUGUCAGAUCGUGGUACAAUUCUUAAUUGCACAUUUGAAGGUAGGGUAGUUGACAUCGAUGACAAAACUGUUGCAAAGACACAUUUUAUGUGUGUUAGAACAUUGGUGUACGUAUCUAUCGCCUUUACAGGAGUUCUUGUAAUAGGUAUAAGUACAUUUCUGUUUAUAACCGUCUCUAGGUUCCUCAAAAGACGAAGAACGAGUGACCAGGUUCAGAAAUUUCUCAGAAAUUAUCGAGGAAACCAGGUGAAAGAAACAUUUCUGUGCCUACUGUCUUAUUCAAACACGGACAGUGAUGUUGCCAUCAAACAAAUCUAUAAAAAAAUUGAAUGACACAUUUAAGGACAUUACAGGCGUCGAAUCUGACACAGUUUGCAUUGAUGAGCGACAUUUUCGUGCUGGAGCAGAAAUCGUGGCGGAAAUAAUGAGAUGCUUAUCAGAAUCUUGUGUAAUUGUGUUUGUUGUUUCCCGAUCGUUUUGUCAAAGCAACCGGUGUUGCUUAAAGAUAAAAGAAGCAUACGAACAACAGAAACCGAUCGUGUUAAUUUGCUGUGAAGAGGUGGAUGAAAACGAAAUGCCUGCUCAUUUUAAACAAAUGUUUCAACGUUACACUCGUGCUAAACUCGUGAAACAAGACGAAGAUGUCAGUGUUCAGCCCGGGGGCUGGGAAGGGCUGUGGAAUCAAUUAUACUACUUGCAAGUCGGCAAUAGGCAGAAAACAAAACACAACAGACAUAACGGAAGACUAAUGUAAUUUUGAGAUUGUUAAAAGAUGGAUAAAACUAGGCAGUUUUCAGAUUUUAAGAAGUCAAAUAAUAAUUCAUAAAAAUAUCCGUCUGUGAAGUUGAAUAAAGACAGAUAAAAUAAAAAGUAAUAAUUAGUUGUUGAAAUUUGAAUAAAGACAGACAAACUGAGAAGUAAUUAUGCGGUUUUGAGGUGUUGAAUAAAGUCAGAUAGAAUAAGAAGAAAAGAUUUUAGAAGUUGAAUAAAGACGAAUAAAAUGCGGUUUUGAGGAGUAAAUAAAGUCAAAUAGAAUAAGAAGAAGAUAUGAGGUUUUGACAAGUUGAAUAAGGAGAAAUAAAAUUGGAAGUAAUUAUGAGAUUAUCAAAAUUAUUUUUAACACCGACAAAUCAUGUUAAAUGUGUACGCCUACAUUUGUUUAAGGCUGCAGCGAUCUGAAUUUUGAGACAACAAACGCUGUAGAAAUGUAAAAAGUUUGAUUUUCUGGAAUCAUUGUUGAAAACGUACUCCUACAUUUUGAUAUGACUGCAGCAACAACAAACGAUGUUGAAUUGUACAUAGUUUGAUUUUGUGUACGCCUUCAUUUGGUUAAAACUGCAGCGAUCCUGAAUUUUUGACAGACUAGCGAUAUUGGAAUGAACCAUCUCAGCCCCUAAGCGUCUUGUACAUAACUUUAAUCGAAGCUUAGGGAGCUCUAAAAUAGACAGUAUAAACAUUUAUCUUAUGUUACUUUGCAUCAGUAAACAUAUGGUCAUUAGUGUGCAUGUUAUAUUCAAUUUAAUUGAGCUUCCAGCGGCGUCUAUGACUCAUAUUGUACAAUAUAUAAUAUAUGGACUCAGCAUGGCUAUUUAUAUCAUAUUUUCUGUCAUAUGAGUCUUUAUCAAAACAUUUGCAUCCACACCUUUGAUCCGUCUCGUAUGUGUGUUUCAUUGUUUUAAAUUGCACUUUUUGUAAUGCCAUUCCAACGUAUUGAACAUCUAUGAUAAUAUUCCUAUAAAUGUUAAGACUGACAUGAAAUACAGCUUGUAUUUUGCAAAUGAAAAUAAAACCCUGUAUUCAACUCCAAUUUUAAACCGAUAUCUAGAUAACCGAUGGUAGGACUAAAUGCUUUUAGUGACGUCACAUAUUACGCCAGAAAUGACGUAAUAAUGGUGUCCUAGACUUCCAUGUUAAAUAAGUACAUAUUUUAAACAAGCGUUUAGACUCAUUUGUCUAACAUUAUAGUUAGCUUUGACUCAUGUUUCAUUUGACAGUCUAGAUAUUUAAAGUAGAAUCUAUAAAGUCACUAAACUAUCACUUUGAUCUGUAAUAAUGCAAUGGAGUCGAAUUAAUUUUGUCAGGCCUGAAGCUCUUGUGGAUAUAACAUUGCAGAUAAAGGUACUGCUAUAACAAACCUAUUUUUCAUUAUAUUUAUGUACUCACCUUUGAUUCGAGACUCAUCUGGUGCUGAUGUUUCAUUAUUGACUAAUGCUUAUUCUGAGUUAAUUGCAUAAUUUUACAAAGAACAUUGUGUUUAUUUUUGCCUUGAAUAUAUAUUUUUUUUAAUUAUUUUCGUGUCAGAAGAUAUUAUUUAACGGAUUAUCAUUCUAAAGUCUAAAACAUUCUUUUAUUAUUGUUCAAGCGUUACACUUUACACUUUGUACACUUUAAAAACCUUGAUCUGGGAACAUACAUCAAUGUCUCUUAAUGAUUGACUAUCGCUUUUGUUUAUGGUAACAAUGUUUUCAAAGCUAUAACAAUAAAAGACGGACCUAAUUAGAGAUCAAAAGGAAAUUUUUUUCCCGGCAGAUUUGACUUCUUACUUCAUAUAACGUUAGGAAAAAACAGGGUAUUUUUUGCUAUUUGCUAAAGAUUCGGGUUUCCUGAUGAAAAAGUAAGAUCACUAUCUGAUUGAAACUCGAUAUGCGUACGUUUGAUUGGCAGUAAAUGAAAGGGAGUAUGACGUAAAUCUUUUCUGAUGGUACUUAGAUAUUCAGGGGGUAUAAACGUUAUAAUCUCGAUUUAGAUUUCUAAUAGAAAGUAUUAAAGCCAACGAAAGAAAUCUUAAUUAAAAGUGGGUGUUUUUAUUGUAGCACACUGUAUAAACAAUAUUUAGGCAUAAAGAUACUAAAUACGAAAAUAAUGGUAGUCGCACAAUGGUGAAUACGGAUAGUCCUCAGUUUGUUUUGUUCUGUAGAUCUAUUUUCUUUAUUUUCGUUGCAAUAUGUGUGCUAACAUGACAGAUCUAUGCUUGACGUACAUAUUGGUAGCAAUUUCAUGAUAUAGCAACAUUACAGAAUGUUUCAUGGAUACUUAGAUCAUACACCACCGCUUAUUUUUCAGCUUAUUGUGUUUGACUGAAAAUGUCUUUCAUGCAUCAAACAUGACCCCCACUUUUCUUUAGAUUUUUGUAUUCAGCACUGACAAUAUUCUUAAAGAAAAUAUAAGUUACAGGCAUUUAGAAUGGGUCAUGGUGUGUGCUGCGGCUAUUGGAAAUAUGUCAAUUUUGUAUAGAAUAAAGAAGCUAUUUAGUGUGUUGUAACCUCAAGGUACUGCUGAGUCACUACAUCAGCUACGUUUCAUUCCACAAUCCGGGUUUUAAGGAAGUGUCAAGUUCUUUAAACGACAUUUUUUUUCCGUGUUAAUAAAAUUACCUUGUUCGAAUUUCUUAUCAGGAAGAGAAAAUAUUACCUAUUUUUUUGUGAACCCUGUUUAUUGAUAUAACCUUUAAAUAACUUGUUCUAAAUGUGUUAGUUGUUAUGCUAAACUGAGGCCUUGCCAAUGUCUCUUGAGGUACAGUUUUAAUGAAGAAAAAUUAUAAAUAAGAAACAUGUUAUCGUUUGAGCUAUCGUGCGGGAUUUAUACGAUAUUUCACGCUGUUUGCGUGUAUGGUUGAACUACCACUGAAAACUGGGAAUGUUUUUGAACAAUGGACUGAUAUUAAAUGGCAUUUUAAUUAUCUAAAAGCCUUGUCAUUGAGAAAAUUAAAUUAAUUGAAAUAUAGUCAUAAACAAUUACCAAAGGGCAACGAUUUUAGAUCACGGAACUUUGAGAUCAUGAAGUAGAUAUAUUUCCACUAAAAUUGAAUUCUACAUAAGCCGGAGGUUUGGGCAAAAAUCUAUUAUUUGCUGCAUUCUAUGCUUCACAUAUUUUUAUAGAUUUUAUUCUUUGUAAUCAAAGACCGCAAUCACGUAAACACAAGCAAUCUAAGUUUGGAAGUUUGGCAAAGUCGGGUCAUGUGUGCAACACAUCGCACGCACCCCACCACAGGAUAAAACGGAACUCUGUUAAAAGGUUGGAUUAGCUAGUAGGCAAGAGAGUCAAACGCUUAAAAAAAACAAUGAUAUUUAGGCAUACAUUUAGCUAGUUCAGACAUCAGCUUAUUUUGCAGAAUAAAAAAUGGAGGCAAAUGAAGUUAGAACUUUUUUGCGAUCUAAAAUAGCUUCAAUUUAGUAACAGAGUGAUGGUUUACAAAUCUAUGCAUAACAUGGUGCCUAUCUACAUGACUGAAAUGUGUCUCAAAUAAUAUAUUGCAUAAUCGACGAUUGACAGCCCACAAGGAUCUUGUUUUUCGUAUAACACCCCGUACAAAUUAUCUUAAAGAUUCGUUCUCGUACUUCAGCGUUUAUAUUUGGAAUUAAAUACAUGAUGGAAUUGAAGACAAUUACAAACAUUCAAAAAUAAUUUCAAAUAUGAUUUGUUCAUGUUACAGUCCAGUGCUUCCAAUAAGGUCUUUUACAUAUUAUCAUGCCGAUAUUUUUUGCUGCUGUUUGUUUAUAAUUUUUGAUUUUUAUAUAAUUAUAGGAAUGUCUGUCGUAUGGAUAAAUGUGAAUUUUUAUUUAAUACAUGAUACACUUAUAUGUCAUUUGUGAAAUGGUAAUGUUUGUAAACAUGUUGUGUAUAGUUGUUGUUGUGAACUGAAGGCAUUGCUUAAAAUAAGUGUACGUUUCAUUUUCAUGUUAUAAACAAUUUGUAUGUUACCUUCACUAAAUAAAAAAAAAUAUCAUUAUAUUGUUAUUAAUAUAUUAGGGGCUCACUUGACUGGGAUAACUUUAUUACACUUUCUUGUGACUUUGGAAUAUGAAGUGUGAACGAGUGUGGUUAGGUCAACAUAAACCGGUUUAAGCUCACCAACAGUGUGAGCCGCUGACCGUUUAAAGGCGGUGCCCCACUGUGUUCCUUUAUGUGUUCAUUUUGUUCGUGCGUGUUUGUUUUGUUCGUGCGUGUUUGUUUUGUGUGAGUGAGUGUGUUGGUCGUGUGCACGUCCGUUUUGGGGAGGGUUCGGUUUUGGAACUUGGCUUUCCCUGUUUGAUAUUUAUUUAUUUUAUUUAGGAAUUAUUGUAUUGUAAUGUUUGAUUGUUUUACAAGUAAUAAUAAACUGUCAAUACCUAUAUGUUUAUAUAAAUCUGGUAUCAU